AUGUGUGAACCAGAGCUCUCGGAGGAAGAGUGCAAGGAAAAGGUGGCAGCCAUGCUCCCCGAAACCUGCAUUCAGCACUUGGAAAGCAACGAUUGGAAAGAACGGAUUUCCAGCAUAGAGACCCUGCAGAAGGCUAUCUGUGAGAUGAGGAAAAGCGAGAUACCGUGCCAAGCCCUGGUGAGACUGCUGUCACGGGGGUGCAAGGAGACAAAGCUCCAGGUGAUGCAGAAGAAACUCCACACAAUCACUCUGCUAGCCCAGGAAGGGGACUUCUCCAGGACGUCUGCUCAAAUUGUCCUGGAAAGUGUGGUGGAAAUGGUGGGAGACGUGCUGUGCAGCACCAGUGCCCAAGGAGCCUUGACAGCUAUAGCAGAGGCAUGCUCAUUGCCGUGGACAGCACAGACAGCUGUGGCACUGGCUUUCUCACAGAGUAAUUCCAGGAUCCAGACCAAGAUCUUGGACUGGCUGUCAAAGGCAAUCCUGGAAUUUGGCUUUGCUGGCAUGGAGGCCAAGACACUGAUAAAUACCCUGAGGAUUGCUCUCGCUGCUGCUCAGCCCAGCGUGCAGAGAUCGGCCAUCACUUUGCUGGGGGUUAUUUACCUGUACGUGGGAGACCCGCUCAGAGAGCUGAUGGAGAGUGAGAAGCUGCCCCUUCUCCCCCAGAUAGAUGCCGAGCUGAAAAAGGUGCAGGGGAAGGUCCCACCAGCUCCCAGCCGUGCCAACCCCAAACCAGGCCUGGGUGAUGAGACCCAGGAGGAUCACAGAAGAACAGGAGCCGUAGACAUUAGUGACAGGAUCACACCACAGCUGCUGGCCAAGCUGCAGGAGAAGGAUUGGAGCGUCCAGAAGAAGGGCCUGGAAGAGGUCGCCUGCAUCCUUCAGGAUGCCAAACACAUCCAGCCAAACAUAGGAGAGCUCCCAACAGCCCUGAGGGCUUGUCUCCACCACCCGAACCCCAGCCUGGUACAGAUGGCCCUAAAGGUCCUCCAGCACCUCUCCACAGCCAUGGGCUCCAACAUCGCACAGCACAUGAAGGACUUGGGCCUUCCCCUCAUCGCUCUGCUCAGGGACUGCAAGAGCAGCAUGAGAGCGGCCGCCCUGGCUGCCGUGAAUGCCUGGGCUGCACAGCUCGACAUAUCGCAGUGGCUGGGUGGGCAGGAGGUUUCAGGAGAGCUGAGAGAAGCGAUGGCCUUCCAGAAGCAGGAGCUGGCGCAGUGGCUGGCUGAAGAGCUGCCCACCCUGCGGUCAGCUCCCUCGGGCCUGCUCCGCUGCGUGCCGCUGCUCUUCUCCUGCCUACAGGACAGCAACGGGGACGUGUUCGCAGCCUCACAGGCAGCCCUGCCCUUCUUCAUCAUGCACCUGGGCUUUGAGAAGAUGGCUGAGGCCACCAGCGAGCUGAAGGCGGGUGCAAGGGAGCACGUACUGGCGAUCCUGGAGAAUGCCAACGCCAGCCUGUCAGCACAACCCGCUGCUUCUGUCGAGUCGCUGUCUGGGCAGCCUACAGACAACGCCACUGCCACUUCGCCCUCUGUUCCAACCACACCACCUGCAACAACAACCUUCUCUUCACAAGCAUCAGCUGAAGAGCCAGCACCCAAACCCGGCAGAGAGCAGAAGCAGGGUCCCAAGGAGCCCACGCCAGGAGAGGAAGGCGUGAAAGACGUGGGUGCAGCCAAGGGGAAAGCACAGGCAAAGCCCACGCUGAAGGAUGAGGAUAAUGCCAUACCCAUCUUCAUUGUUGUCCCCAGGGGGAAAGAGCAAAGACUGAGGGACGAGAAAAGCAGGAAAGUGCUGCAGUGGAACUUCACUGCUCCCAACAAAAGGUACAUCGAGCAGCUGAAGGCCCAGAUGAGCAGCUGCGUGUCCAGGAGCUUCCAGGUGGAACUGUUCCACCCCAGCUUCCUGCACCAAAUCAAAGCCUUGGCCAUGAUGAUCAGGCACCUGGAGACAGAGAAGGAAGGAGUCAUCAGCUGCCUGGACCUGAUCCUGAAAUGGCUUUCCCUGCGUUUCUUUGACUCCAACACGUGGGUGCUUAUCAAGAGCCUGGAGUACCUCAACCUGCUGCUGACUUUGCUGAUCCAAGAAAAGUACCAGCUGACGGAGAAUGAGGCCCUUUCCUUCCUCCCAUACCUCGUCCUGAAGAUAGGGGAGCCAAGGAAAGUCAUUUGUAAAUUGGUGCACGCUGUCCUGAAGGGCACGUGCCUGGUGUACCCAGCUAAGAAGGUGUUCAGCUUCCUCAUGGAAGGCAUCAAGUUCCAGAACACCAAGCAGCAGGCAGGAUGCCUGGUGGAGAUGGGUCAUCUGCUCGAGGAGUACGGCCUGGAGGUGUGUGAGCCCAGCCCUGGCAAAGCCUUGAAGAAGAUAGCUGCCUUCCUUGGAGACAAAGACAGAGCUAUUCAUAACGCUGCUCUAAACAUCAUGGUCACAGCUUGCAAAACCCAUGGGGAAAUUGUGCUCAGAAUCGUUGGGGAUCUCCCUGAAGAAUAUAUGCGGGUGCUGGGACAAACUGCAGAGCAGGAACCUGGCAGGCCACGAGUGUCUCCAGCAAAACAUCUUUGUGAAAAGCCUCAACAGGAGUCAAACACCGGCUGUGAAGACGUCUGCCAGCAGGCAGGAGGUGCACCCUCAAAGCCAGAGCCCACCAGCCCUGAAGGAGGAAAUCUGAAUAAGGCGGCUGAGGCUCCUCGGUCUCUGCCUCCACAUACAGGACAGCACGAGUGCAGGCUGGUCUCCAGAAAAUACAGGCACUUAAAUCUGAGGGACAUCAUUCAUCUAGAAACGAUCCCUGAAUUCCAGACCUUGCCCUCCUCCUCAGACACCGAAAACACGUGUCAUAACAUCACCCCUGCUAUUAAUUCCCUUAUUUGUGGCGUCAGAAAUAGCGAUGCUGACACCAGCAUUCAGGCGGUGGAAGAAAUUGAGAAUAUCCUGAGGCAGAAGAACAAAGCAGAAGCCAUGGCUGGGCAUGUUAAUGAGUUCCUCGUAGCCAGCUUCCAACCAUUCAAGUUGAUCCAAAAGCAGAAGGAAUCUGAUGAGAAAUGUGGGAAGGACCAAAUCAUCCUGCGAUGCAAAGGCGUCAUCCAGGCCAUGUUGUUUCUCUUCCAGGAGAAGAACCUGGCUCAGGAGGCCUCGAUGGAGGUGCUGAAGGAUGUAAUGCACAACCUCCUUACCUUAAUGCUGGAAUUCCUGGAGGGGGACCGAGAGGAAGAUCGGAAGCUCAUACAGUCCAUUAAUGUCCUCAUGAGAAGGGUCUUAGAAAAAUCUGACCAGACGGGGAUCUUCUGUGCUUUGCUCAAGCUGCUCCAAGGCAGCCUGAGUGCCGAGGGCAGCCCAGAUAAGUUUUCUGACCUGUUGGCCAAAUGUCUCUGGAGGACUACACGUCUUCUCCCACACACCAUCAACACCAUCGACCUGGACCAAAUCCUGCUGGAUGUCAACACCCUCCUGAAGUCAAUCCCAAAGGAGAAACUGAGGCAGUGCACGAACGAGCUCCCUCUGCGGACCCUGAAAACUCUGCUGCACACUUUGUGCAAGCUGAAAGGGGCAAGGAUCCUGGACCACCUCACCCUGAUUGAGGAUGCAGCUGGCUCCGAGGUGGAAGCUUACCUCCGAAAGACGGUCAGUCCUGCUGGGGCAAAUAAAACAGCUGUAGGGGCAGGGGGAGAGGUCCCCUGGACAGCUGGCAGGGUUGCAAAGCACAAAACAGGCAAUGCCUUAGGGAACAUCUUCCAGAAUAUUUGUUCCUAGGAGAGUUUGAGGGAGGGUCUGGAGGAAUUGUAGGAAUGUAAGAAAAAAUGUUUUAAGUGA